AUGCAGCUCGCUGCGCUCCGCCUGCGAGAAGGCUCACCUCGUGUCUGUGCUACUGAGGCUAUAUUUAGUAUUGACUUAAACUGGGAAAUGGUGUUUCUCAUUCAGACCACAACUGGAAUCCUAGUCAAUUUCUUCCUCUUUCAUCUGUAUAACUUUCCAUUGUUCACUGAAGAGGUGGUGAGACCCAUGAACUUGAUUCUCAAUCACUUGGUCAUAUCAAACACUCUGGUUCUUUUCUCCAAAGGGAUUCCUCAGACAGUGGCCACCUUUGGGUUGACAUCUUUCCUCGGGGAGGCUGAGUUCAAACUUCUUCUCUAUUUGUACAGAGUGGCCAAAGGGGUUUCCCUCAGCACCACCUCCCUCCUCAGUGGCUUUCAGGCCAUUAAGCUUCACCCCAAUAGUUUGGGGUGGCUGAACCUCAGAACUAGAUCCUAAAAAUGUAUUGGUAUGUGCAAUUUUCUUUGCUGGAUCCUGCACCUUCUGCUAAACAUCUCUGUUACCAUGAUUAUUGGUGGACCUAAAAAGAGCAGAAACCUGAGCGUUAAAGGAUUACACAGAUACUGUUCCUCAACCAUGCCUGAGAGAUUAACUUUCCUGCUAACAGGAGUGAUUCUAUCCCUAAGUGAUAUUAUGUGCCUGAUCCUCGUGGCCUGGGCCAGUGGCUGCAUGGUCCUUGCCCUGCGUAAACACAAGCAUCAAGUCCAGCACAUCCAUAGCCACAGCCACUCCCAAAGGUCUUCCCACGAGGACAGAGUCACAUGCACCAUCCUGAUCCUGGUGACCAUGUUUCUGUCCUUUUACUCUCUAGCUUCCAUCUCAUUAUUUUGUAUAACCCAGACUGUGAACCCGAACCCUUGGCUGCUGAACACCUCUGUGCUGCUGUCAUUGAGCUUCCCAACACUCAGUCCUCUUGUGUUCAAUUUUAGCAAUAUUUGUGUCCCUCAUUUCUGCUCUGUCUUUUGGACAAAGAAAGCAAACAAACCAACUGUGGUCUCUGAGGAUUGA